AUGGCAUUUCUCUACUUUGUCGGUGGGAAUUAUAAACUUCUCAUAUACGGAUCAGAACGUAUCUACCGGCAAAUAAUCGCCGAUGUGCUUCUUGCCGAGCACGCUCUGUGCGAACUGUCGCAGCGUGAGGAAACGCUACACCAUAGAGCUAUGGCCUUACAAAAGACGAUAGAUAUUGAGUCUGACCGGCUCCAGCCUGACGAGACCACGGCUGCCGAGUCUACCAGGGCCGAGCUUGAAAAGACGAAUCAACAGCUUAAAGAGUUCCAACUACAAUAUGCAAGAAAGGAGCAUUCCCUUUACCAAGCCAUAUCUAUGCUUACACCGUACUUUAAGGAACUUUACGAUAACUUACGGCGUGAUCCUAAAUGGACUGUUCGGAUCGAGGUGGAUGCUGCAGCCGGCAAUGUGGAUGCUGCGCACAGAGGUGUGAAGAAGAGAAGAAUCUAUCACAAAGGAAGAAAGGCAGAGGCCAUUGCACUACAGAGUGUCAGUGCUGUAUCGGCUUUCGGGGCUUCGAGUUUCCAGAGGAAGAUAAAGAGGAGAUUAGGAGAGAUUUCAAAACCAGGGUUGAACUCCGGGGCUCAGCUUACUUCAUCAAGCUGGCAAAUUGGUCUUUUUGUCCAUUAA